AGUUUCGAUAUCAUAAUAAUAUCGUAAUCGUUGCCAGAAAUUGUUAUCGACAUUAUUGUUGAUAUUUAACGUAUUUGUGAAAGGUUUGUGUAAUUGAUAUCAGAAUCCAAGUAUGCUCCAUAAACAUCUAUUUCCUGUUGCAGUAUUAUAUCUUUUUAUCUUGCAAAUUGUUUCGUGUUCUGUUGUAGAUGGUUUAUUAAAACGAGCCAAAGCUUGUGAAUCAAAGUGCGAGCAGAAUAUUUCUACAUCUGCACCUGAUCUGAAGCAACCCUGUGCGGAAGGAUGCCGUCUAUACAUGGUGUUUGGUGUGCGCAAAGAUUUUCGUGAUUCAAAUAAAACAUUAAAAUUGUGUGAAAAUGCUUGCUCUGAAGGAUAUGUCAAUGAAUCACAUGCAAAUGCUUGUAGAUAUGGUUGCAAUUCUCAAUCAGAAUCUAGAGAAUGGAAAGACGAGGAGGCACAAACAUUACACCUUGUCACUCCUUGGAUGUAUAUACGAAGUGCUUACAGCUCUUUGGCUCAUCAUGUAAAGCAGUUCAUAACUACAAGUUGGAUGGUAUAUGUACAAGAAGAUUCUGGAAAGAUGGUGAUUGUCCAGACUAGUCCAAAAGUUGUUGAAAGUGUGGAAUAUUCUGUAUCUAGUGAUGAUGACAACAGUGUGAAAGAUUAUCAACAAGACUGGCAAGAAGCUAAACUUGAUUGGAUGGAUUGUAUUUCACAUCAGUCUGGCAUUCCACGCUGGCUUUUAGUUGUAGUUCUUUUUGGAUUCAUCUUUGCACUCUUGUGGCUUUGUUGUGCUACAGCUGUCACAGCUCCUAACCAUUAUUUAUCACCAUCAAAGAAAAAAGACAUGGGUUACAUUUUGGUGUGUGAACCGAACAAUGAAAUUAAAGUACCAAUAGCACCUCUCAUUGAUGUAAAUGAAGAAGCUCCACCUCUGCCACCCAAAGUUUCUCUAAUUUAAACAUUAAUUUUUGUGUUUGUCAAAAUUUAACUGUUUAAAGCAUUUCUUAUUCUAUAUAAUAUUCUUAUUUAAAUCAUAUUUCUUGUUGAUAUGUUAGAUUAAAAUAUAAUUGGGCUUUCAGUGUCAGGAGGUGAUUUAGGUGUAUUUAUGUAGGCAUGUGAAUGUGCAUUUUUGUUUUCAAUUUCUCUUUUGUGAUAUAUACAAAGUUUAUUUUUGGCAAUUUAUUUAGUCUACUAGUCACAUUAUAACCACACAUUUUGAAACUGUAUAUUCUUUUCAAGGUCUAAGUUUCCCUCCCCCCUCAGAUGAUACAUAAUUAUAAUCAGAAAUCUAAAAUAUUAUUCAUGAAAUAUUUGAACAUUUUAUCUCUCAAAGCUUCUAUUUAUUAUGGAGCUAAACAUAAUCAGUAUAAUUAAACUUCUAUGUAUCUCUGAUAUGAAUUUUUUUGUAAUGAUAUUUAAAUCCCAUUUAUUUGUAAAAAAUAAAAUUUCAUUUGAAUUAU